AUGCACAAAAACUGGAAGGUACGGAACGGCGCCAAUAUCGACCUUGCCGCCGUUUGCGAUUCCAUCACCGAUCCUAAGGACAAUCACCUCCGUGAUUUCGAAAUGUUCCAAUUAGGGCACUUUUUUAAGAAGACUGUUGCGGAUUCGAAUGCUCCAGUGCAAGAGAAAGCUUUAGAUGCUUUAAUUGCGUACUUAAAAGCUGUCGAUGCUGAUGCUGGAAG